AGGAGCGCUGAGCUGCAAAAAGCGCACUUAGUCGCCUUCAGUAUCUCUUAGAAAAAGCCGAUCUUUGAAAACGCUGUUCGCUUCAGCACCACAGACAGCACCCGGCUCAUCUCCGCUAGCCUGGCCACUAACCGUGCGUACUUAACGAUCGUCGUUAUUUUGAGGUUUGGGAAGUAAGGAGAAAGAAUGGUGAAGCUGGGGAGUAAUCUGAGUGAUAAGAACAGCAAGGAUCCUUCUGGUGAAGAUGGAUUUCAGACGGUUCCUUUGAUCACACCCUUGGAUGUAAAUCAUCUGCAGUUCCCUGCCCCCGAAAAGGUGGUGGUAAAAACAAGGACAGAAUACCAAUCUGAACAAAAGAACAAGGGGAAAAUCAGAGUCCCAAAAAUUGCGGAGUUCACUGUAAGCUUCACUGAUGGAGUGACUGAAAGGUUAAAGGUUACGAUCCUAAUAAGUCUGGCACUUGCCUUUCUUGCGUGCAUUGUAUUCCUUGUGGUGUAUAAGGCAUUCACUUAUGAUCACAGCUGCCCAGAUGGCUUUGUGUACAAGCAUAAGAGAUGCAUUCCCUCGUCUUUGGAUGCAUAUUAUGCAGCACAAGACUCCAACUCACGAGGAAGAUUCUACACUGUUAUCAGCCACUACAGCAUGGCCAAGCAAACAAGCUCACGAUCUGUGUCUCCUUGGCUUUCUUCUGGCUCCUCUAAUCAUGACGCCAAGGCAAGCAAAACUGAGGGGCACUGAAAGGCAAUGUAUGCACGUUACAUACCUGUUUCCAGUAUUCUGAGCUUGACUUAGAUAAGUUGCCGCACUGAAGAUGGAAAGCUAAGAAAAAAACGAAAAAACCCAAACGAAAUAAAACCUUGACCUGGAAUAAUGAAAAAAAUCUAUUAUUUGUGCUUUGUUAUUGUUAAUUUGUAACCAACCUUGUACAAAGGCAUGUUUAAUGUUAAUUGUUACAUGCAGUGUAAGAGUCUCAAAAAACUCCAAUCAUGCAAAAUAUUUUUUCAUUUUUUUUUAAAUUGAAUCAUUGCCAAAGUCAGCUUCAUCGAUGGCGUUGUUUACAUGAGGUGCAGGCAUAUGCAAGCCAAUAAUGUUUUGCUUAGAGCCCAUCCUAGUAGUUUUACUCAUUGGUAUUUGUGAAUUAGCAGCACAGCAAUUAUCGGGACAAGAUAAAGCUUUAUACAAUUGUAGUAUCGUAGUAGUAACUGACUAUGAGCCAAACGGGAGUAUAAAAUGGUAACUUCAUUAGUCAAAAUACACAGAGUUACACAUGGACAGGAAGUUUACAGUGAUUUGUGUGAUGCCGAGAAAAAUCAAGCAAUUAAAGAAAAUGUGCAAUCCUUUGGUGAUUCCCAAUGUGCCAAAUGUAAAAUCUUGCACAACUUUUUUACAAAUGACUUUUGUGACCAUAAAUAGCAUUUGGAUUAUGAAGUGAAAGAUACACAUACGUAACAAUAUUAGAAUUUCUUGAAAAAGGUGGUAAUGGCCACACGGUUUUGCUGGUAUUUGAUCACCUCUUGGCACAUUAUGGAUGAAAAGGUAAUGUUUGAUGUAGUUGUGAAUGAAACUAAACAUCAAACUGGAGGAGAUGGCUUCACAUAAAUGAGGUGGCUUUCCUAUGCCUUCCCUUGCUUUCUGAGCGUAUUUGUUAUCGCACAGAAAAGUGGUUUAUAAUAAUCAAUAUAGUUAAUUAGCUCUGUUGUAAGUUACUUAAAAACACUAGUUAGCAGCUACACGUUUGCAACAUUGAUGUCUUUUAUGGAAUACUGCUUUGUAUCUCCACCUGCUUUAAAAAGAGAACCCCCCUACAGGAGGCAUACAUAAGGGAAACAUAUAUAGCUCCAAAACCCGUUUACAUUGAUGAUAUACCUGAACAUAUCAUAAUAAUCAAUAACCAUAUUCUGCCAGAAUAGGUUUUUCUUGAUGUACCUUUUAGAAGGUAACCCAAUGUUGUUAUAUAUGGAAGAGAUCAGACCAGCCAUUUUGUUAUUACCUAGUUCCCUACUUCCAUUCUUAAGCACCUACAGGCUAUUGUUUUGCUAUUCAGAUUAUACUGCAUUUAUAUCACUUUAGCAUAGAAUUAUUUUUUAUUCAAGCCUCAUGCAGAGUUUCCAAAAUGUGGUGUGCAGCCAUUUCUGCUCUCAUCUCAGCUGAAAGUGUAACACGUGUUCUACCCACAUAAUAGUGCCAAAUUUUCUUCUUCGCCUGUAAAUUCAUUGUCACUUAAUAUAUAUAAACAAUUCACGUUCUCAAGCGUUUAUAAUUUUGUGGUGUGUUUCUUGUUGGUAGCUAGCAGAGACUGGAAUAUUUUCGGUGUAUUUCAUGCACUUUUCUGGCAGGAGAAAAAUAAAGCUGGAUGUGUCGUAA